AUGAAUGAAUCUAUUUUCAAAGAACCAGGUUCAACGGGAAUAGGUGGUGAUUGUUUUUGUCUUUUUUAUGAUGCAAAGACUAAAAAAGUCAAUGGAUUGAAUGGGUCUGGAAGAUCUCCCGCUAAACUUACUUUAGAAUAUGCACGUAAUGUUCUUGGAAUUGUUGAAAAUCGCAUACCAUUAUUAAAUAUUAACUCUGUGACUGUCCCCGGAACUGCUGCGGGAUGGGUUGACACCAUUGAUUGGUUUGGGAGUGGAAAUUUUAAAUUGGCUGAAAUUUUACAGCCUGCAAUUGAUUUGGCUGAAAAUGGAUAUCCAGUAUCAGAAAUAAGUGCUUGGAUUUGGAAAGAUUGCGAAAAUGACCUCAUUAAUGCUUCAACAAACGGAUGUGAUAUGCUGAUUGACGGUCGUGCUCCAAGAUGUGGAGAAAUAAUGAAAAUGCCUAAUUUGGCAAGAACUUUUCGAGAAUUGGCGGAAAAAGGAAAAGAUGGAUUCUAUAAAGAUCGAAUUGCACAAGCUAUUGUUGAGACUGUACAGUCUAGAGGAGGAGUUAUGUCUUUAGAUGAUUUGGCUUCUCACACUUCUACCCGCAUAGAUCCUAUUAGCAUUAAUUAUAAAGAUGUAACUAUAUGGGAAUGUCCGCCCAAUGGACAAGGUAUCACAGCCCUUAUGGCUCUUGGUAUAAUUAAGUCACUUCAAGAAAGUGGUAAAAUAAGAGAUCUUAGCGAAAUGGUGCAUAAUUCAGCGGAGUAUUUGCAUGUCGUGAUUGAAAGUUUACGAUUAGCAUUCGCGGAUUCUACAUAUUAUGUAACAGAUCCUGACUAUUAUGAUGUGACAAAAGAACUAUUAUCGAAGUCUGUUUCAUACAUAGCUACGAAUGUUGAUAUUGACAAAGGGUCACCUGUACAAUCAAGCGACACUGUUUACUUUUCUGUAGUUGAUGAAGAAGGCAACGCGUGUAGUUUUAUUAAUUCAAACUAUCAUGGAUUUGGAACUGCCGUAAUUCCAAAUGGUUGUGGCUUCACACUUCAGUCUCGUGGAAAUGGAUUUGUUUUAGAGAAAGGACAUCCUAAUUGCCUUGAACCAUGUAAAAGACCCUAUCAUACUAUUAUACCAGCAAUUGCUACCAGAGGUGAUGAAUUAUGGCUAUCUUUUGGUGUUAUGGGAGCUUUUAUGCAGCCACAAGGACACGUUCAAGUACUUUUAAAUCUUCUUCAUCACUCUUGUAAUCCACAAACUGCUCUUGAUUCGCCGCGAAUCUUAAUUGAACCCCCUAAAGCAUCUUUGACUGAUAAGUCUUCAAUUUCAUAUAUAAGUGUUGAAGAUGGUAUAUCUGAGGAUGUUAUAAAUAAAUUGAGGCAAUUGGGUCAUCAUGUUAAGGUAGUUAAAGGGUUUCAAAGAUCAAUAUUUGGAAGGGGUCAAAUUAUUGAACAAAAGAUCGAUUCAAAAAGUGGCCUGAGAGUUUGGGCAGCUGGUAGUGAUUUUAGAGGAGAUGGACAUGUAAUUGGGUGGUGA